GCAGUCAUCCUGAUCUCAUCUCCUGAGUGCAGCCGGGCUCAAUUGAAUUUGUGAAUGGAGUGGGACUGAAGAAGAACUCUGCUGGUGCUACCUGCCAGAGAGAUAGAGAAAGAGAGAGAGAGAGACUAUUAAGAAGAGUCAUCAGAGAGUGAGGAGAGUGUGCUACAGCGGAAGGAUGAGUCUUAACAACGGUCAAACUCUGACAAACUCUGCUGGACAGGACUCUGCCAGAAACGGGAGCACCAGCAGAGCCUCCUGGGAAGAUGCCAGGACAGUGCGGAAGCCCUCUACCCCCACCAGGAAACCAAAAUCUCCCAAUCCAGAGAAUGCUAUCACCAUAGCGUUGUCGGCACGAGUCCUCUUCAACAUGGAGAAGGAGCAGCAGAUCUACGAGCAGCGGGGCAUGGAGGAGUACAUCAGAUACCAGGUGGAGCAUGAGACAGAGCCUUUUAGCCCCGGCCCUGCCUUCUCUUUCGUCAAGGCUCUGGAGGCGGUGAACACACAACUGAGGGAGCUUUACCCCAACAACGAGGAGCUCUUUGAUGUCGUGCUCAUGACCAACAACCAUGCAAACGUCGGCCUGAGACUCAUCAACACCAUCAAUCAUCACCAGCUGUUCAUUGAGCGUUUCUGUAUGACCGGGGGAAACAGUCCCAUAGGCUACCUGAAGGCCUACCACACCAACCUGUAUCUGUCUGCAGACCCAGGCAAAGUGCUGGAAGCCCUGGAGGAAGGUAUAGCAGCAGCCACCAUGUUCACCCCAGAGAAGAUGAAGGAGGUGUCGGAGACCCAGCUGCGCGUGGCCUUUGACGGUGAUGCUGUUCUCUUCUCUGAUGAGUCGGAACAAAUCUUCAAGGCCCACGGACUGGACAAGUUCUUUGAGCACGAGAAGGCUCAUGAGAACAAGCCCCUGGACCAUGGCCCAUUGAAGGGCUUCCUGGAGGCGUUAGGGCAGCUACAGAAGAAGUUUUACAGCAAAGGCCAGCGCAUGGACUGUCCCAUCCGUACCUAUUUGGUGACAGCUCGCAGUGCAGCCAGUUCGGGCACCAGAGCGCUGAAAACCCUGCGCUCAUGGGGUCUGGAGAUCGACGAGGCUCUCUUUCUGGCCGGGGCUCCUAAGGGUCCCAUGCUGGAGAAGAUCAGGCCCCACAUCUUCUUUGAUGAUCAGAUGUUUCAUGUGACGGGGGCAGCGGAGGCGGGGAUGGUGGCGUGCCACGUGCCCUAUGGGAUCGCUCAGAGAGUCGGCCAGAAGAAACAACUUAAGGACAUUGAGGGUCCCUCGGCACCCAAGUAGCCUGGACAUCACUGCAAGUCUGUGCAGAAGACUGGAGAAUAGAGCCUUUUCACUGCAGCCAUUUGGACAUAAAUACACGUAAACACUGGUGUCACUAAUGACAUUAAUUAAGGGUCUGUUGCAUUUAAUUGUACCAGGGCUAAAUGGAACAGAACCUUAAUUAAUGUCAUUAGCAACACCAGUGUUUACCUGCUAUUCAUGUCAUGCAAUGUCCUUUUAAAUGGGUUGAAAAUGCAAUAACAACCAGAUGUUGUAAUAAAUUAAAGCAUUAUUACGUCAAUUGGUGAUUACUACUUCGAAAGGGGCGGAGUAACAAUACAGACCAAUGAUGGAAUAAGUCAAGCAAGUCAAAUUGUUAUUAUUGUUGUUUUUGCAUUAUUAGUCAAUAUCAUUAUCACAUCCUCAGUUGCACUUCAUUACAUUUUCACAAGUUAUCAGGCUACAUUACAUGAUUAGUUGCAACAAGGCAACAACUGUGUGUGCUUUAAAAUUUUCCUUUGUGGAGGAAAAUGACUCUUACAUGUCACAAAUUAUCUAUUUUUUUUUUUUUUUACCCAUGCAAUGACCUUUACAAAGUAAACAGCACUGUAUAUUAGUAAUUUAAAGACAAUAUUCUAUAGAUUUUAUAAGAUAUUUAAAGAGAUGCCAGAUUACACUGAAAACAAACAAAAAAAAUCAAUUAAUCUGUUAUGAUAAAGUUUCCUCAGAUCUCUUGUUGACAGGUGACUUAAAUCUGUUGCUGAAGACUCUGAACUACUUUGAAUGCAGCCUGGAUGUGAUGAGAGGACCCAAUGCUGUGUGUCAUCACUCCUAUGCAAUCAAUCACUUUAGAUACAGAAUUGCUGGGAAUUAUUCAAUUUCACUCCUUCACUGUACUUUAAAACUAUUCCAUUUCACUCUGUCACUGUUUACCUGUGCUUUGAAACUGGUGCCUUUAUUUUAUAUUGAUAGGGCAUGGCAUGCUGUUCUGUUAUUGACCUUUCAUUUGUCAAUCUGGCAUGCAGCUGGUGUUGUCCUGUGUACACACUGUGGUGGACUGAUUACUGUGUUUGUAUUUUACCAUCGCAACAUCAAGUUUAACUUAUUGUCGGACAUGUAACAAAACCUGAAGACAAAUCAGUAUAUUUUUCUGAUUAUAGAGACAAUGUGGAUGAUUUCCAACACAUAAUUUUGGUUUCUGUGUGCAUCCUACCUGAUCGAAUACAAUACAUGUGUUUGGAACACACUGUGCAAUGCUAGAAGAUGGAGAUCGAUAUAACAGCUGGCUGUGAACUUGUGUUAACCACGACUGUCCCUAAAGUGCCGACAGAUGACCAGGAAAAUCUUUGUGAUCUGUAGACGUGAGUGUGGAAAUAAUCUGCAGCAGAGAGACGUGAAGCUUCAGGAACUACUUUACACUCAUGGAAGGAGAAUCUCCUGAUUAUUGCUGUUGUUUUGAACUGAUUGUCUCUCCGUCUGUCUUUGUUUUGUCAUUUGGGUGUAUUGGGUGUUGUCGUUCUCUGUUGCACUGUUGUGUAGCUGAAUGUGUGUAAUGUGUGUAAAGCUGAUUAUUGCUGAAUAAGACCAGGUUUGCUCAGACAGCCAGGUCUGGGUAAAUGUGGGCCAAAUGAAUAAAAUACAUACUGGGGUCUGUUAUGCUCUGUUUCAGCACUGAUGGAAAAAGGUGACUUUAUUUAAAAUAUUUCACCC